AUGGCUACUCCCAACUCUUCUGCCGCUCAAGCGGACACUCCAUACGCUACACGCCCCUCCACCCUGGCCGACCACCCGAGCCUGCAGCCGGCGUUCCACCUCGCGAUCGUCAUCGGCGCCGCCACGCCCAUCGGCUCGCUCUCGCGGGGCACGCCGCUGACCGUCGUCCCCCUCGUGUCCGGCAGUUUCGUGAGCGAGCCGGGCUUCCCUGUGAGGGUGGACGCGAGGUUACGGGGCCAGGGAGUGGAUUACGUGCACAAUGACCCGGACGGAGGACGGAUGCGGUUGCGGAGUGAUUUGAUUGUUGGGUGA